AUGACUUUUCUUCAUUUUGUAAAUUGUGUAGCACUAUCGUACGCACCAUAUUUUAUCGCAUACAGAUAUUCGGGACUAUCAGAAUAUUGCUCCAUAUGGAAAUGCGCACAUGCAGCUUUGGCAUACUUUUUGACGCAGCUCUGCAAAAUGCUCGUCCUUGCAACAUUCUUUCCAGCUAGCGAUGUUAAUGGAUUUGAUUUAAUCCCGGAAUUAAUGAAAGCAAGCGCAGAUAUUUUCGAUGUAAUGGGUCUGCACGCCGUGAUCUUUUAUCUGAUGGCAGGCAAAAGUGAAAUCCGAUUUCUGGCUGUCGGUAUAGGCUGGGCUUUUGCUCAUAGUGUAGCCAGUCGCUUGGUUGGUUUUUGGGUUGGUGCCCGAGCAACGGCAUUUCACUGGAAAUACAUUCAAAUGGCCCUAAAUUCCAACAUUGACCUAAUUUUUAUGUUGCAAUGGCAGCAUUGGUGUGGUUAUUCACCCGUAAUGAUCUCCGGUCAGGAAUGA